UGAAGGCGAAUAGAUGAUAAACUUCCGUCUGAUUCGUAGCGGGAAAUUUGUUUACACAAAUAUUUCUUUUGUUUUGGGACCUAGUAGAGUCAUGCAGCGGUCUAUAGCAUCAUUCUUCUCCUCAGCCCCAAAGAAAGAUGACACAAAAACAAAAGACAUCAAAACAGCAGAGAAAUCUCCUGUGAAAAAGCCAGACAAGUCUCCUUUGAAACAGAAAAAUGUGUCGCCGUCAAAGAUCCUUGAUGACUCACCAAUCAAAGCUCCAGCUAGAAAACGUGCACGUAUUAUAGAGAGUGAUGAAGAGGAGGAAAAUGUGCAGGUCCAAGAAGUGGAGGAGAAGGGAGAGAAGAAAGUGGAACAGAGGCUUGAAAAAGUUAUAGAAGAGAAACAGAAGACAAAGGAUGAUGAGAAGGAAAGUCAAGAUUCUGGAGUAAGUUCACAGUCCCCAGAGAGGUCAUCAACAAUUACACCAGUGAAAUCUCCUUUCCCUGCUCGUAAAACAGCACGGAAGAGUAUAGGUGGCAGUGCAAGAAAGAAGAUACCCAGCCCUAUCACAGAGAGACAGGAGGAAGAGAUGAUUACUGAGGAAUCUGAGAAAACUGACCAAAUUGAGGAAAACCCAGCAAAAGAUGAAAGUAAAGAACCUGAAUCAAAAGUAGAGGUUGACGUAAAUACUAUAACAGAUGAAACUGAUAAAGCAGUUGAGUUGGAAGAAAAAAAGAUUGAAGACAGUGAAAAAGACAAUGAGGAAGAAAGUAAAAAUGAAGAUACAGCAGAAGAAGAGCCUUCUGGGAAUGAGAGUGAGGACAUCCCCAAGGGACACAAAAAGAAAAGUAAACCGGGGAAAGGGGUAGCAACACCAAAAGGUCAGAAGAGAAAAUCUAGCAAAAAGGAAGAAAGUCCUAAAGAAAAGAAUAGCAAAACUGAAACCCAAAAAGAAAAGAAUAGCAAAACUGAAACUCCAAAAUCUGUUAAGAAAGUGAAAGAAGAGCCAAAGGUUUCACAGAAGGGGAAAGCACCAGUACAUGGUUUCUUUUCUCCAAAAUCAAGUGCCAAGGUAAAAGAAGAACCUAGCAACACAGAAAGUGAAAAGUCAGAGGAUAAACCUGAGAAGUCUGAGGAUAAAGAUGUUGCUAAGCCUGUAAAACAAGAAACAGAGAAGAAAAGUGCUGUUAAUCCGUUUGCCAGCAUGAUGGGAAAGAAAGAUGAGUCUAACACAACAUACAACCCAACCAAGUCUAACUACCAUCCUAUAGAUGAUGCCUGCUGGAAACAUGGUGAAAAAGUGCCCUAUCUUGCUUUAGCAAAGACAUUUGAAGCCAUUGAGAAUGUGUCAGCAAGGUUAAAAAUUAUAGAAAUUUUGUGUAACUUCUUUCGGUCAGUGAUAGUACUCUCCCCUGGUGAGUUGUUGCCCAGCGUGUACUUGUGCUUGAACAAAUUGGCACCAGCCUAUGAAGGUGUAGAACUUGGUAUAGGAGAAACAGUUCUUAUGAAAGCUAUAGCUCAAAGUACAGGUCGCAGUAUGGAUAAGAUCAAAUCAGAUGCACAAGAAAAAGGAGAUCUAGGUAUUGUUGCAGAGAAUAGUCGCAGUACCCAGAGGACAAUGUUUGCACCACAGAAUCUUACAAUACCUGCAGUAUUCACCAAACUGAAGGAGAUAGCUACUAUGACAGGCAACUCUGUUAUGUCAAAGAAGAUAGACAAGAUUAAGGGCAUGUUUGUGGCGUGCAGGCAGUCUGAGGCUAGAUACCUCAUCAGGUCUCUUGGUGGCAAACUGAGGAUUGGUCUGGCAGAACAGAGUGUUCUUACUGCACUAGGAAAUGCUAUAUUCCUAACACCACCUGGUCAAGAGUAUCCACCGGAGGUUCUGAAUGCAGGAAAGGGAAUGAGCUCCGACACACUGAAACAGAAAAUGGAGGAAACAGCUCUAGUCAUCAAAACUACCUACUGUGAGUGUCCUAACUAUGGAGCUAUAGUUCCUUGCCUGUUGGAACAUGGUAUUGAAGAAUUACCCAAGAGAUGUAAAUUGACACCAGGUAUUCCACUAAAGCCUAUGUUGGCACAUCCUACUAAAGGUAUCAGCGAGGUGUUAGCCAGGUUUGAAAACAACGAUUUUACAUGUGAAUACAAAUAUGAUGGUGAAAGAGCACAGAUACAUUUAUUAGAGAAUGGUAAAAUACAGAUAUAUAGUAGGAACUCUGAAGAUAACACCAGUAAAUACCCUGAUAUUAUAUCACGGCUACCGAAAUGUUUAGGAGAAGAUGUCAAAUCAUGUGUACUAGAUACAGAGGCAGUGGCCUGGGACCCAGAAAAGAAACAAAUUCUACCUUUCCAGGUCCUUACUACAAGAAAAAGAAAGGAUGCAGAUGCAGCAGAGAUUAAAGUACAAGUGUGUGUUUAUGCGUUUGACUUGCUCUACCUCAACGGAGAAUCUCUGGUACGUCAGCCAUUCCGGCGGAGACGAGAGUUGCUGAGGUCAUCGUUUAAAGAAGUUGAUGGCGAGUUUACGUUUGCUACGUCAAUGAUUUCCUCAAAUACAGAGGAGAUCUCAGAAUUCUUGGAGGAGUCCAUUAAAGGAAAUUGUGAAGGUUUAAUGGUGAAAACACUUGAUGUAGAUGCUACAUAUGAAAUAGCUAAACGGUCACAUAAUUGGCUUAAGGUUAAAAAAGAUUAUUUGGAAGGUAUGGGAGACACUCUUGAUGUUUUAGUGAUGGGUGGGUACCUGGGCACAGGUAAACGUACAGGUAGAUACGGAGGAUUCCUGCUUGCAUGCUACGAUGAUGAAAAUGAAGAAUAUCAAUGUAUCUGUAAGAUUGGUACAGGUUUUAAAGAUGAAGAUUUAGAGAAGCAUACAGCAUUCUUUAAGGAACAUGUUAUAGAAAAACCCAAAUCCUACUACAAAUGGGACAAGUCUGUAGAGUGUGAUCACUGGUUUGAGCCGGUACAGGUGUGGGAGAUCAAGGCUGCUGACCUGUCUGUGUCACCUGUACAUAAAGCUGCUGCUGGAAUGGUUGAUCCUGAAAAGGGUAUAUCACUGAGGUUUCCACGGUUUCUAAGGAUACGAGAUGACAAGAAACCCGAGGAGGCGACGGCAGCAUCCCAGGUAGCAGAUAUGUACAGAAGUCAGUCCCAGAUACAGAAUCAAACAAAGACAAAAUCUAAAGCCGAGGAGGAGGAAGACUUCUACUGAACAAAACUAAACUAAACAUUGAAACUGUAAAAUGAAAUGCAAAAAUAUAACUUCUUCUGAAGUAAAGAAAUUUUUUAAAUAAAAUUUUAUAAAAUCAUGACUGCAAUUAUGUCAUUUGAGCUUAAAUUAUGGACUAUAUAGAUGUUAAUGCUUAAGUGACAACCUCCUGAUACAUGGUUCAUUCAAACAUAAUAUAAAGGACAGGCAGUUGUGUCUUAAGAAAUAAAGGAGAUACAACUGUUUCACACUUAGUCCUCCAUAUUGGUAUCACAUGUCGGAACAUUUCAGAGCAUUGGUUUACUAGACCAUUGUGCAGUUUCUUGAUUUACUUGUAGUCUCUAUGUAACAGUGUUUCUGUUGUUAUUUAAGUAUAAUAGUGAUUUGGAAGCUGCAGAUAUUUAGCUGUUUCGGGGACCAUUAUGCAUGGAUCAAAAGAACUAGUGCUUUUUUCUUGUUUUAAACUUAUUUAAAUAUUUAUAGCAGUAGUCUACAAUUUGCACUCAUUUAUAUGUUAUUUUGAGAAAUGUAGUAGAACUAUUUGAUACUACAAUCUCUAAAUAUAUAUUUGCAUGAUAUGUAAAUAAGUAUGUUAAAUAUAUGUUGUAGAGAUUAAUAUAAGCGAUAUGAGGA